AUGUCGUCGUAUAAAUACCUUUUCAAGUAUAUUAUCAUAGGAGACACAGGUGUGGGAAAAAGUUGUCUCCUUCUCAGGUUCACCGAUAAGAGGUUCAAACCAGACCACGACCUAACCAUAGGUGUCGAAUUCGGCACUAGGCUGAUAAACGUCAGGGGAGAUACCAUUAAACUACAAAUCUGGGACACCGCCGGACAGGAGAGCUUCCGGUCAAUCACGCGGUCCUACUACAGAGGAGCUGCAGGUGCUCUCCUCGUCUUUGACAUUUCCAGACGUUCCACAUUCGAACACCUGACGAAGUGGUUGGAGGAAGUCAAGGACCAUGGCUCACCGACCAUGACUAUCGUACUUAUCGGAAAUAAAACAGACGUCAGCAACCGAGAAGUUGAGUACGAAGAAGGCAAGGCCUUCGCGGAAGAAAACAACCUCAUCUACAUGGAGACGUCGGCUAAAGGCGAUUACAACGUGGAAGAAGCAUUUCUCACUACUGCGUCAUUGAUUUACGACAACGUAAAGCGAGGGAUGUUCGACAUCGAAUCGGGGGUGUACGGAGUAAAAAAGGGGCCACAGGCGAACAUCAACUCAAUGAGAACAAUUGCACACAAAAAGUCAAAAGAUGACCUCAAGGAUGCACGCCGCCAACGCAAGCAUGGCCAAAAACCAGCAGAGGCGACAGGACACUAA